AUGCGGCGGGGGUACACCCUCCCCGCCCUCGAGCUGCGCCGAGUCCUCGCCGAGGCGCGCGCCAAGGGCGAACGCCCGCUCUCCGAUUUCCUUUUCGCAGCCGUGUUUCUGUCUCAGGCGCGCGCCAAGGGCGAGGCAUUCUCGCUCACCUACACCCACCUGACCGGCGACGGAGAUGAGGCGUGGAGGCGCGACGCGGCCGGCCGCACUGUCUACCUCUCCGAGGACGGGAGAGGAGGACGCCGCUGCGUGGUCGACGCCGACUGGAACGUCUCGACCAAGGAGUUUCCAGAGGAGACGGCCGCCCCGGCGGUGAGCACCCCCCAGCAGAAGCACACGCGGGUCAUCGACGGGUGGAAGACCGCCUCCCCGCUCCGCAAGAUCGAGCGCAAGGGCGAGCCCAACCUGAUCGACCGCUCCAAGAAGACCACCAAGAACCCCACCCCGAUCGGCCGCGUCGACCUCAACGGGUUGGGCAAGCCCAACCUGGUCGACUGCUCCAAGAGCACCACCCCGACCGACCCACCAACGGCCCCCAACGGCGUCACCACAAACGCCCCGGCCCUCACGCCGGUGGCGACCGGCGGCGCGCCGCUGCCGUCGAUCGAGGAGGGCGACGCCGACUGGACCGUCUCGGCCAAGGAGUCUCCGCCAGCGGAGAAGCCCGCCCCGGCGGGCAUCCCCGACAGGACCACCCCGUCGAACCCGCGCCGCAAGAAGGGGCGCAAGGGCGCGUCCGCCCCGAUCGUCCGCACCAAGAGCAUCGCCCCGGUCGGCGGCAACAACCGGUUCGGGGCCCUGCUCGGAACGGACGGCAACGAGGGCAUCCUCGGUGGCACCGGCAAGGCGACCGGCGGCUCCACGCCGCCGACCACAGACUCGGGCGCGACGGCCAACGUCGAGACGACCACGAUUACCACGCCGGAGGGCUCCGUCUCUGCCUCCGGCUGGUUCUCUUGGCCAAAGUUCUGCCCGUCCUACCUGCUCCGCCUCUUUGGCAUCCUCGCGCUGCUCUGCCUCGGAACCGCGUUUGCGCUCUCCUCGUACUCUGCCACCUCCGCGCUUCUCUCCUCGCAGUGGCACGAGUCCCCGACUUCCUUUCCCGCAGUCACGACGCCGAUCACGCCGGCAUCGCUCAACGGCGUCUGCGAGAUUGGCGGCGACGACCAGCUCGAGAACUCCAUCCGCGGCGCUGCCGGCGACGGGCUCGUCAUCGCGCACGGGGCGGACCCAGACGUGGUCGGCAACACCGUGGCCGAUUGCGGGGGCAGCGGCGUCCGCGUGCGCGCCGGCGGCAAGGGCCGGCUGCAAAACAACGUGGUGAGCGGGCACGGCGGCGCGGGCGUGGCGGUGGGCGCCGCGUCGGAGCCGGACCUGCGCGGCAACAGGCUCAAGGCGAGCCGGCACGGGCUGCUCGUCGAGGAGGGCGGCGGCGGCCACUUCUCGGCCAACACCAUCGAGGCGAACGGCCGCGGCGCGAACGGCUGCGGCGUGCGGCUGCUCGCCGGCGCGACCGCGCAGCUCCGCGCCAACCACAUCGCGGGCAACGCCGGCGCGGGCGUGGAGGUGAGCGGCGCGGGAGGGCCGUGCCUCCUCGUCGAGAACGAGAUCCACGCCAACGGAGGCGCGGGCGUGGCGGUCGGCGACGGCGCCCACCCGCUGCUCGAGAAGAAUGGGAUCCGCGACAACCGGAGCGGAGGCGUGCACCUCGCGGCCGGCGCGAGGGGGAAGCUGCUGCGCAACGUGAUCGAGCGGAACGCGGGGCGCGGACUGCGGGUGGAGGCGGGCGCGGCGCCCGUGCUCGGAGAGAACUUUGUGCAGAGCAAUGAGGAGGACGGCGACGAGGCGGCGGCGGCCGGAGCGGCGGUGCCACGCGCCGAGGAGGGGGACGACGUGAUCGGGGAGGAGUCGUAGAGAGAGAAAGUGUGUUUCAGGACCAGCAACGCGCAUGGUUGGUUUGU